UUAAUUUCCUUUCAACCAAACCAACUCCACCCAACCCGGCUUUUAGUGCAUAAAAAUCUCUUCACGUCGCUCUAUUUCAUCUUCACUCAACACUCAGUCUCUAGUCUCUAGUCUCUAGUCUCUCUCUCUCUUCCCUUCCCCCUCUCUCAAAAUCCCCUUCAAUGUCACAAUUUAUUGCACUGAGAUAGCUCACAAGUCCUUAUCUUCAUCUCCCUUUAGAUAUCUCUUUCAAAUUUCACCCUGUUCCUGGAUUAUUUCAAACCCCAUUAAAUUUCUCACUACUCGUUUUAGCCUUGUUAGGUUUACGCUACUUUAUAGUGUUUUAAUGCUAGUUAGCUAUGGCUAAUGGCUUCUGGUUGCUUAUAAAACACUGAACUUGUCCAUGUUCUUUUUCCAUCUUGUAAUAUUUUUUUUUUUCGUUGAAAGUUUUUCAGGAGAACAUUAAUGGCGAUUGAACUUGAAAGUUCUGGUGUGAGUCCGAGAAUUUCUUUUUCUCAUGAUUUUUGCCAGUCUGAUAUCGUGCCUGCAGUGGAGCAACACCCGCGUAGAUCAAAUUCAAUAGGCAUUGAUUUCGACUUCUGUGUUCGGAAAAGCUUCGGUCAAGAUUCGUCUUCAGCUGAUGAGCUUUUCUCCGAUGGAAAAAUUCUUCCCACACAAGUCAAGAAAAAGACUAAUUACAGUAAUCCUAAAGUUUUGAGUACAUUGCCAAUACCAGCUGCUCCAGGCACUAAGAAUCCUGAAGAAACAAAAGAAGUGAACCUGAAAAGAAGCAAGAUAGUAGUAAUGAGGGACGAAGCCGGCGAUGAGGAUGAUCAUUUAGAUGAGAAUAAUAACAAUAAUAACAACAAUAAGCAAAGUUCCAAAUCCUUUUGGAGGUUCAAAAGAAGUAGUAGUUUGAAUUGUGGCAGUGGUUAUGGGAGGAGUUUGUGUCCUUUGCCUCCACUUUUACACCGCAGCAACUCAACCGGUUCUGCUACAAAUGAUAAGCGAGCUGCAUUGUCGAAGGACAGUAAUAACAAUACACAGAAACAACCACCGUCUAUAAGAUCACCACAUUCAUCGUCUUCAACAAAUCAUCAGAAGCCGCCGUUGAAGAAGAAUUACGGAUCUUAUGGGAAUGGUAUUCAUGUUAAUCCAGUAGUUCUGAAUGUCCCAUCAGGGAAUUUAUUCGGUUUAGGUUCAAUCUUCUUCAAUGGCAAAGACAAGAACAAGAAGAAAUGAUUGGUUUCGUUUCUUUUUAAUUAAGGGCCGGAUUGAUUGUGGUUUGAUUAAUUACUCUAUAUCUGGUUAAUUUUUUUGAUGUGGAAUGAGAGGAUAAGAAAGAGAGGGUGCAUGAAAAAGAA